AUGUCGUCCAAUGCCAUUCGCGAGUUUGACGCAAAGCUACUACUGCCAUGUUGGCUGCCUGGUGCGCCUGUCUAUGCUGGAACCGAGCCAGUCACGUCGACGUUUUUGUACUCCACGCCCAAGGUUGUCCAGACCCCACGAGACUCAGACACGAACACGGUCACGCCAGACACUGAGCUGCCCCCAUUCUUGACUGAAAAGCUAGUGGUCAAGCCAGACCAGCUCAUAAAGCGGAGAGGCAAGGCGGGCCUAUUGAGCCUCAACAAGGGCUGGGAAGAGAGCAAGGCCUGGAUCGUCGAACGCGCCGGGAAGCCUGUCCAAGUCGAAUCUACCACCGGCACCUUGAACAACUUUAUCGUCGGGCCUUUCCUCCCCCAUCCUAGCAACACCGAAUACUAUAUCUGUACCAACUCGCGGCGUGAAGGCGAUAAAAUCUCGUUUACGCACGAGGGAGGUGUCGACAUUGGAGAUGUCGAUGCCAGAGCUGCUCGGCCCACGAAGGUGUUCCAGAUGCAGGAGGACGACCAUGAACAGGAAGAGCUCCUGCCACUACCUCCUCGCAUCACUAACAACUUGAGCUCACCUACCCACUUGACGACUGAGCCUCAAGUUGGCGCGUCAAAAUCAGUCAUGGGAACCAUUGAAAGUACGCAGAUGGAUUCAGAAUGGCUUGUUAACACGGGAAAGGCAAAGGCGGUUGGGGGUAUCAAGGUUAAAGGGCCACCACAACACUCCUCUCGUGAACUUCGUCCUCGCACCCAAGCUCAGCUCUCUCCUCCCCGUUUCCCAUUUCCUCUGCCUUUGAACCUUUCAAUUAUAUCCUUUCUUAUUUGUCAUAUGUAUGUCGCUCUUGGCUACUGGCACAACCUGGCAUAG